UUUAGUGGACUGCUCUGGUAACCUUUAACCCUUCACACGAGGUUUGCAGCUGCAGUGUUGGAACAUUUCUCCCAGUUUUCUACGCUCAGAAAUCCAUAUAAAGACGCGGUGUGAAACAAAACCGUAUAGUUUAUCCCCAGGAGCCUUCUACGAGGAUCAAUGGCGCGUAAGAAGAGCGGGAAAAGGAAGGGAAAGGCGGCCAAACAGGCCCGACAGAAUGCCGAGUACGAGAGGGAAGACCUGAAGAAGGCUCCUCACACGUUCGUCAUCGCCAGAGGCAAGGUGGGCAACAACGUGGGUCAACUGGUCACGGACAUGCGCAGAGUCAUGGAACCCUUCACUGCCUCAAACCUCAAGGUGAGAAAGAAGAAUGUCCUGAAGGACUUUGUUGCUGUAGCUGGUCCCCUGGGAGUAACUCACCUGGUCAUCUUCACCAAGACAGAGAAGGGAGUCAACAUGAAAUUUUCCCGUCUACCCAGAGGUCCCACCCUGUCCUUCAAAGUUGAGAACUACUCCCUGUGUAAGGAUGUCCUGUCCACACUGAAGAGACAGCAGACAUACGCCUCACAGUUCCAACACUCCCCCCUCCUGGUGCUGAACAACCUGGCACGGGAAGGCAUGCACUUCAAACUCAUGUCCACCAUGUUUCAGAACAUGUUUCCUUCUAUCAACAUCCACAAGUUGAAGCUAAACACCAUCAAGAGAUGUGUCCUCUUCACCUAUGACCCUGACACAAACAUGGUGGACUUCAGACAUUAUAACAUCAAGGUCGUACCAAUGGGCAUGAGCCGGGGGGUGAAGAAGCUGCUCCAGUCUAAAGUCCCCAACCUUAAGAAAUAUGAGGAUGUCAGUGAGUACAUCUUAGGGGGUGGGAACCUUUCAGAGAGUGAGGCUGAGCCUGAUGGUGACCAGAAUGAGGUUGACCUGCCCCAGGAGGUCGCAGGUCGAGGGAACGAGGCUUCACAGAAAAGUGCCAUCAGGCUGACAGAGAUUGGUCCCAGACUGAGACUUCAGCUGGUGAAGAUAGAGGAGGGUUUGUGUGAGGGAGAUGUCAUCUUUCACCAGUUUGUUACGAAGUCAGCAAAGGAGAUAGAAGAACUCAAAGAAAGACGGGAGGAGAAAAAGAUGAUCAAGGCACAGAGGAAGGCUGAACAGGCCGCAAACAUCAAGAAGAAAGAGCAACUCAAGGAGGAGAACAAGCAACGAUCUCUGGAAGGGAUAAAGAGGAAGCAGACAGAGAACACAGCAGUUAAUGAAGAAAACCCUGAGGACUCCUCUGAUUAUGAUACAAAGUACUUCAGACAGGAAGUAGGGGAAGAGCCAGAUGCAGACCUGAUGCUGUCUCGAACAUCAAAGAGGAGACCUGCCAAGGAAGAUUCCUCAGAGAAAAGGAAAAGGCCAAGAAGUCAAAGUCAGCCUCACGGUGCUCAGGGAAACAGAAACUUCAAGAAGCAGAGGAGCGAGGGACAGGGAAAGUCUGGGUUUAAAGGUCAGAGGGGGUUCAAGAGGAAACAGUUUGACGAGGGGAAAGGUGGGGGAGAACAGAAGAAGUUUGGGCCAAAGGGGAAGGUGUACAGGGUAAAAGGAGCAAAAGGGCCUAUGAAAGGAAAACGUUCCAGAUAGUAUCUUGAAAGUUCAUCUGUGUUGGUAGAAGUCAUUAUGACCCAGAUAAUAGUUAUGGCCCAUUACUUUGGAACAUCUGUUUUGCCCAGCUGUAUUUUGGCAAACCCAUGCCAACCUCCUGCUUAUUUUCGUCCAUUAUUAUCACCAAGAGUACGGCAAAUUAGCAAAUGUUUUUAUUGUACUUUGUAGUGCAUUUUUGUUUCCUCAUGUUGUCAUAAACUGUAAAUGACAGCUAAUAUCGCAAAUGGUAUUAACAUUUUUAACAUUAUUUCAAAUAAACACUUAAGACGUUUUAUUAGAUAAACAAUCCAAGAACGCUUGUACUGCAAACAAAUUUGAUAUGUAACAGAAGUGUAUUGGUCAUAAACAUAUGCCCUUCGAAAUGAAGGUUAAGGUGACCAAAUCUUUGAAAAGUAUGAAGUCUUUUACACAGUUAAUACAUGCAUCAUUCAUUUUUGUACAUUUACUGAUAACUUGCGUUGCUUGUCUAUGGUAAUGACAAUGCCACUUCCACUAGCUUCUCUUUAUCUGUAACAAUGGAAUAUAUCAAUAUUAUGCAA